GACGACAAUGUUGGAAAACUGGUCCAAAGCCUCCAACUACACGAAAUUCUCAUUUCAUCGUUGAAACGAAGCAAAAACGCGCUUCGAUUUUCCUCAACUUCGUUUCUCUGUACUUCUCCGCCGUACGAUCCAUUCACUGCAUCAUCCUCUACUUCACUUCUCUCUCUCUCUCUUUCAACAUCUCGCAGGUUAAAUGGCUAGGAUCAAACCUCAGGCUCUGUUACAACAAAGUAAAAGGAAGAAGGGACCUUCUCGGAUUAGCGCGGCCAGUAUUAUAUUUUACGCUUUGAUUCUUGUCUUGGUUGGUUUUUUCCUUUUGGCCACAUACAGACAUUGGUCUAACAGGUCAAGAUUGCAAUCAGAAAAUAACUUGUCAGUCUCUGAGGAGGUUGAAAAUAGUUUUGGGGACUCGAAGAAAUCUGAGCUACCUGGAUAUGCUGUCUUAAAUACAUCUAAAGGGUCUAUAAUAGUAGAACUGUACAAGGAAAGUGCUCCUGAAGCUGUUGACGAAUUUAUUGACUUAUGUCAAAAAGGGCACUUCAAAGGGAUGCUUUUUCAGCGCGUGAUUAAGCAUUAUGUGAUUCAGGCAGGGGAUGGUCAAGGAACAGGAGCAGCUGAUUGGAACUUAAGAGGAAAGCAACCUGCAAGUAUGAAACAUGAAGCAUUCAUGCUUGGAACAUCCAAGGGAAAACACACCAACAAAGGAUUUGAUCUUUUCAUCACAACUGCACCGAUUCCAGAUCUAAAUGAGAAGCUUAUCGUGUUUGGGCAAGUCGUCAAGGGAGAGGAUGUUGUUCAGGAAAUCGAAGAAGUGGAUACAGAUGAACAUUACACUCCUAAAAUAACUAUUGGGAUACUUGAUGUGACUCUCAAACAAAAGGUCUGAAGGUUCUGUGCUAGAUCAAGAGCACAAUGAGCGCUCACAGUUUGCUUAUAACCUGUUUCGGUGCUCCGGCCAAAUCUUUUGUACAGGGAUGAUGAACCAUGAGAAGUUCACCUGGGGUGCAUCUAUCAAGCUUUUGAGCCUUGAUGUUGUUUUUACUUUUUUAGUUAUGAACAGUGAUGCAGGAAAUAUACAAUCUCCUAUUCUUGCCUCUUUCUGUUACUUUAUAAUUUUUUUUACUUUCUAUUUCAUUUGAUUUUUGAGAAGGAGAGGGGCGGGAUUUGUGUAUGCUUGUAAGAUUGGUUAUAUCACAUUUUAUUUUUUAUUUUGGCAUUACUCUCAUAUGUAGCUUCAAUCAGUUCACAAGAUCAUUUCACUUUGAAGUUCAUUUUUCUGUUGUACUUUAACUGAUGACCAAUUUAGCAGUGAGCCAAAAUGCCAAGUUUUGUAAUAUUCUCUAAUGAUGCUCCAGUUACACUUCCAUUUGGUUAAAUUAGCUUGUA